GUGGUUAGACAUUGUCAGUCUGAGUGUGUGUGUGUAUGUGUGUGUGUGUGUGUUCUUACUCUUGUUUUGGAUUGUCAUACAGACCUCUGAUCAACUUCAGAUGUGCUUUCAGGCCGGGACGGACUCAAACUUCUAACUUACUACAUGUUUUGAAGAUUUGCCGGCUUUGUUUCCUCUCUAACUGAAGUGAUUUUUGUGGAUGGCGCGGUCUAACCAAGAUGGACCCGGGUUGUCUGUCGGUUGGGGAAUAGAUAACGGCUUCACCCUGUGAAUCUAAAUGUAGACGUUAUUUAACUAUCCGCUGUACACUCAACAUUCACCAGUUUGAUGUAACCGGACUGGGUCAUUUCCACCCCAGAGGUCACAUCCUAUGAUGGACAUUUUCUCACUUAAGUUUCGGUGAACUUUUCCCACGACUCGCCAUGUCGGGAGUGGUCCGCACCCUGAGCCGCUGCCUGCUCCCGGCCGAGGCCAGCCGGGACCCGGGCAGCAGCAAGGAGGGGAGCCGGGAGAGGGACGCCGCGCAGGAGCGGGAGGCGCGGCGCAGGAGCCGGGAGAUAGACGCGAUGCUCGCCCGGGAGAGGAGAGCCGUCCGGCGGCUGGUGAAGAUCCUCCUGCUCGGGGCCGGGGAGAGCGGAAAGUCCACAUUCCUCAAACAGAUGCGCAUCAUUAACGGGCAGGAGUUUGAUAAAAAGGCACUUCUGGAUUUCCGGGACACAAUCUAUGAGAAUAUACUGAAGGGCAUGCGUGUGCUGGUGGACGCCCGGGACAAACUAGGCAUCAGCUGGCAGAGCUGCGAGAAUGAGAAGCAAGGCAUGCUGGUGAUGUCGUGGGAGGGACGUGUGGGCGGCUCGGGGGUCGAGCCAAGUGAGUUUCAGCUGUACGUGAUGGCACUGAGCGCGCUCUGGGCGGACACGGGCAUACAAGAGGCUUACGCACGACGCUCUGAGUUCCAACUGAGUGAGUCGGUGAAAUACUUCCUGGACAACUUGGAUCGUAUUGGUCAACUGAACUUUAUCCCAAACAAGCAGGACAUUUUGUUUGCGAGGAAGGCGACAAAGGGCAUCGUCGAGCACGAUUUUGUCAUCAAGAAGAUCCCUUUCAAGAUGGUGGACGUCGGAGGGCAGAGGUCCCAGAGGCAGAAGUGGUUUCAGUGUUUCGACGGGAUCACGUCGAUACUAUUCAUGGUUUCAUCGUCGGAGUACGAUCAGGUCUUGAUGGAGGAUCGAAGGACAAACCGUUUGGUGGAAAGCAUGAAUAUCUUUGAGACAAUCGUCAACAACAAGCUCUUCCUCAAUGUGUCCAUCAUCCUCUUCCUCAACAAAACAGACCUGCUGGUGGAAAAGAUUCGCACGGUCGACAUCCGCAAGAACUUUCCAGAGUUCAGAGGAGACCCAUGCAGGCUAGAGGAUGUACAGGCGUUCCUGGUGCAGUCGUUCAGCCGUAAGAGGAGAAACCGGGGAAAGCCGCUCUUCCACCACUUCACCACUGCGGUGGACACAGAAAACAUCCGUUUUGUCUUCCACGCCGUCAAGGACACCAUCUUGCAGGAAAACCUCAAAGAUAUCAUGCUGCAGUGACCUUCACGCUGCAGACGGCGGCUUUUUCUGACUCUAAACUGUGAAACGGGUGACGAAUCCAGGCCUGGAAGACCCUACAGCCCACAAACGCAUAUUAACACUGACCUGUGGAGCUGUUGGUUGAACCAAACAGAGUGGAUUUAACUGAACUCUGAACCUGUGGAGCCCAAAAAAGUGUCUCUGGACCCGCUGGCUCACAUUGGCUCCUGUGGAAACUGUGAGGGUCACAAAGGACUAGACCCUGCAUUUAACCUGCAUAAAUGUGUGUGUGCUAAAAAGACAGUCACCUUCUUGUAGCUCUCAAGUGUUCCCGCCUUCAUACACAGGUUAGUUUAAAGAAUAGUGAAAAGCACCAACUACAUGACAUGAGCACUGAAAGUGUUUUUUUUUUUUCUCAGAUGUAUAUGUAUAUAUAAAUAUAACUAAUGACAACUCCUGUCACUAAACCUAAAAGUCAGACUGCUGCUGGUGAGAUGUAGUCAAGCCGUGUGAGCAAGAAGCAGCAGAGGAACAGAGAGGGAAAAUUAAGGAAGACAGAAAGUUUAGAGCAAGCUGAAGAAUCCCUUGUCCUAAUGUCCACGUGAUGCAGGGAGAGGGGUGCGGGUUUGGGCUCAUUCUGGUCAUAUGCUGUGUUAUGUGAUAAGGUUGCACAAGUGUUCCUGUCAAUGAACUUUAACUAAGGGAAAGGAAGAGAUGAGUCUCCUCUCGUGUCUCUCUUUACCUCUCUUCCUCUGCUUGUGUUUGUGACUCCUGCCAUCAUACAAGAGACGAACAGCUGCAGAUAAAAAGUCUUAUCCCUCUCAGCCUAUGACUCUCCGCUACGGCACAACAGUCCAAUUGUUCUUCUCCGUCUCCAGCUGAAACAGUAGACGGCCAAAUUAGAGACUCUUCUUGGUUUAAAGACACACAGCUCCUGGAUGUGCAUGAAUUAUGGUUCGUCUCUAUCCCAAUGUCUUUCUUCCAUUUCCCACCAACGUCGCAGUAGAAGGACCACAAUAGUCUCGACUUAGCUUGAGUCGUAUAAUAAGAAUCCCCUUUACAAGAAGGCUUUGGUGUACGGUUACUCGUUCCUUUGUCUUGUAAACGUGAAAGGAACAGCAGAGGAUAACAGGGCUGAACUGUCAAUGAACCUUUUCCCGUGCUGCUGAGACAUUUUGGACUUGUGUAGCAGUCGGGGUGGGAAGUCUACCAAGAAGAUUGCCACAAAGCAAGUGAAAAAAAACAGAUUGAACCAAAAUAGCAGAUGAUAAUAAGGCUGCCCCCUAAGAGUCGAGGUUUUGAAGCGUCAGUGGGAGACCCCUCAGUUGACUGAGGAUGUUUCGGUCACCAGGUUUAGCUGCAGAGUGAGCACUCCUCACUUUCAGGAGGAAAGGAAAAUUCAGGCUGUGCUGGGCUGGGUUCCUCCAGCUCAAGGCAAAUUUAAGACUUUUUAAUACAACUCAGAAUGAAAUUUAAGACCAAUUUUACAACAACCAUAACUGAAUAAAAGAG